CAUUAAUGCAGCUAUGGUGACCGGACUAUAUACAAUUGAUGCUUUUCUUACGUAAAUAAGAUGCUGCUCUUGCUGAAAAUGGAAAAAGAAAAAAAUGAUUAUACCCUGAAACGAAAUGCCUGUGUUUCUUGUAGUCAUUUGUUAAACAGAUGAACAAGUGGAUUAGUCUCCAGCAUCUGCAAUGAAGCUAAAACUGAGUAUCCUAUCUGUCUUUGUUGCUGUAGUUGGCAUAUUAAGUUUCAUAUCAUUAGUUGUUGCUAUUGGAACUGAUUUCUGGUAUAUUAUUGAUGCGUCCAGACUGGAAAAGAUCACCAAUUUCUCUGAUCCAUUAAGUUCCCAUUCAGGACUCUGGAGGAUGUGUAAAUUUAAGAACAAGUGUCUCCCUCUGAUAAAUCCCUUUCGUCUUGGGAACCUAAACUUCACCGACUCGCAGAAACAGCUUUUGAGUAUGCAUGGAACACUUGUGAUUUUACUACCACUUAGCAUAAUCUUGAUGAUAUUUGGAGGAAUGACUGGGUUUGUUAGUAUCCUUGCAAGAGCUUAUCUACUUCUGCUUUUGACUGGAAUGCUUUUCUUGUUUGGAGCACUAGUUACAUUAACAGGAAUCAGCAUCUACAUAGCCUACUCUGCUGCUGCAUUUAAGGAUGCCGUUUGCAUCUUAGGGAAUAAAAUUCUGGAAGAUAUUGACAUACGGUUUGGCUGGUCCUUGGCUCUGGCAUGGAUAUCAUUUAUUACAGAAAUUCUCACAGGGAUGGCCUUCCUGGUGGCUGCCCGAGUAACUGGUUUGAAAAGAAGACGGGAACAGGUUAUAUAAAAGAAGUACCGAACCAGAUGGCACACUGGAUCAAAAGUCUGAGAUAUUUUUGCCAUUAAAGUGGUAGACUGUGUAUUAUAGUUUCCAUUGGCCACUGUUGGUGGUUAAAAACAACAUUUCUAACAAGAAUUUUAACGUAAAGAUUGUUACAUCCAGCUUUGUUUACUGUAUCAAUAAAAUGCCACUUUAGAUUUGCAUUGGACCAAUUCAAUUUCCCCCAUUCAAAAAUAUUAACAUUUUACUUUGAAUUGGUUGACAUUUUCUUUUGCCAAAUGUCAUAGACGCUGUUUUUUUGUGCCUUUGUUGUGGUCUACUGUAUAGUUUAUCUUGUAAAUAAUAAAUAAAAGGUUUAAUUUGAUCAUAAAGGUUAUAUGAAUCUGA